UAGACACAAGUGGUUUCGAGAAAUAGAUGAGAAAUUAUGUGAAAAUUGUGCAGUGUACCGAAUGGAACAAGUUUGCUCUUCCUGCCUGUUUCCGCUUUGCAUAUCUUUCAUACCAUCUUAAGACUUCCUCUGAGUAUUUUCAUAAAAAGCUGCACCUGCCCAGGCACCUGGGUCUGAUAGAAGUGAAGUGCUUGUGUUAUGUCAUGUUAUGUUCAUAUUUCACAUUAUGAAGUGGUGGUGGGCAGCAUGCUGGUCUCAUCACUGUCACUGGCGUCACGUUCUGCUACACUACAACGUGGAUUUUGCGACACUGUCAGCACCUUAUUUAUUUUUAAAAAAUGAGCGUUAUUGUUGCUGUGAUAACAAGCACUUAAAGAGAUAAACAUUUGCUCAUAACACUGGAGUUACAUCCAGGAACCACUGUUUUUAUUCACUAUCAUCAACUAACAGACAUACUAACAUGGUAAAAACGUUGGUCAUGGCCAAACCUGUGCCGUCUGGUCCAGCUCCCACUACCUGACUUGAACUCAGUGGCAUGUUGACUUCAUCCAACACAAAAGGAGCAGCAGGACUACACAGUUUUUUAAGUGGAGAAAAAGGAAAACAAUCUCAACCAAUAGAAAUCUCACCCCUGAACCUGGGCUUGUGGCCGAGAGAGCGUGCGGGCAGAUAAAACCUGCAGCAGACGGCACCUUUUUGGUCAACAAUAUUUAUGAAGAACAAGGAUAUUUGACUUAACCAAGGCUUAAUGUCCCAGUGAGUCAGAGUUUAUUUCCAAGGUCUAACUUGACGAUGCUGUGAUAAUAAAAGCACUGUAAUGGUUUAAAAGAGAGUGCCUGGAGUUGUUUUGGAAGUGCUCUUAUCUUUAUGUAUUUUGGUAAGUAACUCCAUAUCUUAUUAUUUAUUUAUUUUUUUUAUCUGUGUCUACUUUGCUGUCUUGAAUCCAUAACACUAAAGCUGGUAUUACACCUAAUCUUAUUACACAUCAUCCUACAGUGACAGUGAUGUUUACUAUGUGUGGACACACUACACAGUGACAAAGACAAAGAAUCUGUGAGUAACUGAACGAGACGCAAAGACUAUCAAGAUGUCUGGCUCUACCCAGGAAGAAGAGGAGUUGCCUGCCAAUCAUACAGGUCCAAAAGGUGUAAUUAAUGACUGGCGAAGGUUCAAACUGGACAGUGUGGAUCAGACUGUCCCUCAAAGCAAAAGAGAGCUGCUCAGACAAAUGUCCAGUCCACGAGAGGACGACAAGGAGAGACUCAACAGAAAGAUGAGCGUUCAGGAGUACGAACUGAUCCAGGAAGAGGAUGAACGCUGCCUGAAACGCUACAGGAAACAAUGUAUGCAGGAAAUGCACGAGCGCCUGAGCUUCGGUCCGACGUUUGAAACAGUCUACGACCUGGAAAGUGGAGAGGACUUCCUGGAGGUCAUAGAGAAGGAACAUCGGUUGACCCUUGUGGUAGUUCAUAUCUACCAGCACGGUGUCAAAGGCUGUGAUCAGAUGAACUCAUGUCUGGACUGUCUGGCUACAGAGUACAGCAGUGUUAAGUUUUGUCGCAUCGAUGCGGUGGCGUCAGGUGCUGCUGAGCGCUUCUCCCCUGAGGUUCUUCCUGCUCUGCUGGUGUACAAAGCUGGUGAGUUACUGGGUAAUUUCCUGGCUGUUACCAAACACUUCAGUGAAGAUUUCUUUGCAACGGAUGUGGAGGCGUUUCUCAAUGAAUACAGCUUGUUACCCGAGAAGGAGUUUGCAGCGUGUGCUGAUGAGGAGGACGAGGGAGGAGAUGUGGAAUAGAAUGAAAAGGACAGAGGAAAGGAAAGGGCGUGAUAGUUAAGAGAAAAGGAGGACUUGUAGUGAAGGGGAGUGGAUAAAAGCAGAGUAAGUGGAAACAGAAGGAGGAAAUGUACUGGAAAGGAGAGCUGAGAAAAGGAAAUGGUUAAAGAACUGAAAACACGCACACACACCCUCACACACAGGGGUUAAAAAAAGCAUUUACAUUGCAUGUGCAGAUGAACACACACAAUAGUAAAAAUCCAUCAGAACACACUGACUGCUGAUUAUAUUUAGAAGCAAUUAGUUGUAAAUUAAUGUGGCAAUGUGAAAUACUGCUUCACAGUCACAUCAGAGCUCUACAAUAAAUGACUUCUUUACUAAGGUG